CCCACCGAACCCCGCCCGCGCCGGGAGCAUCUCGCGUCCCCAACGGGCCCCUGGGUCGGUUUCCGCGGUGGCCAUGACUGCGGCCGUGUUCUUCGGCUGCGCCUUCAUUGCCUUCGGGCCUGCGCUCGCCCUUUAUGUCUUCACCAUCGCCACCGAGCCGUUGCGUAUCAUCUUCCUCAUCGCCGGGUGAGGCGGUCGCGUCGGGAAACCCGGACGCCGGGGCUCCCCACCCCGCUGGGGUUACCCGCGACCCUCGGCGCCCCACCGCGCGGCUCGACCUUGUUGCGUUUCAGACGGGAGGAGGGUUGAGAGGGGGAGACCGGAGAUCCCGCUCCCCAAAGGCGCCUCGCCCUCUUAGGAAGAAGCCACACUGGGGAGCUUUCUUCUGGUUGGUGUCUCUACUGAUUUCGUCCCUUGUUUGGUUCAUGGCAAGAGUCAUUAUUGACAACAAAGAUGGACCAACACAGAAAUAUCUGCUGAUCUUUGGAACGUUUGUCUCCGUCUAUAUUCAAGAAAUGUUCCGAUUUGCAUACUAUAGACUCCUAAAAAAAGCCAGUGAGGGUUUGAAGAGUAUAAACCCAGGUGAGACAGCGCCCUCUAUGCGACUGCUGGCCUAUGUUUCUGGCUUGGGCUUUGGAAUCAUGAGUGGAGUAUUUUCCUUUGUGAAUACCCUAUCUGACUCCUUGGGGCCAGGCACAGUGGGCAUUCAUGGAGAUUCUCCUCAAUUCUUCCUUUAUUCAGCUUUCAUGACGCUGGUCAUCAUCUUGCUGCAUGUGUUCUGGGGCAUUGUAUUUUUUGAUGGCUGUGAGAAGAAAAAGUGGGGCAUCCUCCUUAUCGUUCUCUUGACCCACCUGCUGGUGUCAGCCCAGACCUUCAUAAGUUCUUAUUAUGGAAUAAACCUGGCGUCAGCAUUUAUAAUCCUGGUGCUCAUGGGCACCUGGGCAUUCUUAGCUGCGGGAGGCAGCUGCCGAAGCCUGAAACUCUGCCUACUCUGCCAAGACAAGGACUUUCUUCUUUACAACCAGCGCUCCAGAUAACCUCGGGGAACCAGCACUUCCCAGACCGCAGACUACAUCUUUAGAGGAAGCACAACUGUGCCUUUUUCUGAAAAUCCCUUUUUCUGGUGGAAUUGAGAAAGAAAUAAAACUAUCCAGAUAUGCGUUCCAUUCACUUGGCUUUCACGCAACUGCUCUCCGAAAGGGGUGCUCAGUGGUGUGCAUCCUGGCUGCACGAGAAUCACCUGGGACAGCGUAAAGCCAACUGAUUCUGGGCUCCACCUUCCAGAGCUAAUUGGCCUGGGCACGUGGUGAGUUUUAAAUGCUUCCCAGGUGAUUCUGAUGUGCAGCCAGGUAGAGACCCACUGGUUUGGUAUCCAAAUAGGAGCUUCCUGAGAACACCGUAAGUGAAUGAGAAUCUGGUGUUUAACUGUCUCCUAACUCAACUUGUGCUGAGCAAGUAAGUAUCUGAAUGUCAAAUCCUGGUUAUCUUUUAUCUUCCUAAGUUCCGAAGUCACAAAAGGCUAAAGGGCUAUCACCCCUGUUCACUGUUUUCGUGUACUUCACCAUCUUAGGAGAACACGGUAGGUUGGGCUUCUAAAUGCAAUAAUAAAUUACGCUGACUAUGAUAACUUAGCCAAAGUGAGAUACAGAUUAAGCCGUAUUUUUCUGAAGUUCUUCCAUUCCAGGUUUUGCUUUCUGAGGCAUUACAUUGUUUUUGAGUAUAGAUUACAUUUUAUUAACUAAAAAUGAUUGUUUUCUGACUUCCUUGGGAAGGUAUUUUAAAAUCAGGAAUUUUUAUGCAAUGUCUAUAAGCCUGUUUAAAGCUUUCCAUGGGCUCUGCCCCAAGGCCGUUGGCUGCAGCGUUCACCAUCUGAGUGCCAGUUGCUGGACUAGUUGAGGUGAAGUGCAUUGUUUUCUCUCUGAGCAGCUGUGCAGGGAGCUGAGUGAUGUGCCCUGGGACAGGCUUCACUGGAGCUGGUGGAAGUAUAACCAGAAGCACAAGGAAAUAAGCCAAAAGGGUGUUGUUGACACUUUUCAUUUGCUCCUGUGAUACUAACAACAGUUUCACCCAAAUGGUUUAAUGUAAUAUUGGAAAUAGAUCUUAAACUGCCAAAUCUCACACUAUUGCAUAAUCCAUAUGAUCUUUAGAUCUAGUCAGUGUCUCUGGGUUUUGGUAGCAGAUACAGCGUUCCCUUUACAGGAAUACCCAAGGUGUUCUUUCAAGCUUCCAAACAGGCCCUUUGAUUUCCUUUAUAAAGGGAAAAUGCUGGCAAAUCGUGCCUUUACUAUUAGAAAUUGUUCCCAGUUGAUGUCUUUUGGGGAGCUGGUGGUGUGAAAUGCAAAUGACCUAUACAUUAAAGUGAUGUCUCAGUGAAUACCAUACACGCAGUAGAACAUUCAAAAGACAGGAGCAGCAAUCCUGAGGGGCUGGGGGAGUGACAGUGGCAGGACAGAUGGGCGGGUUUGACAGAUUGUGGUGGGAAGAAGAAUGAUCAUGUUUAAAGUUAACAUAGCCAGUGUUUUGGGCUAGCCACACAUCAUUCCAGAGACCAAAACCUUACUCAUGAACUAGACCUUUAUCGAUAUCAGUAAACCCCCAUGUUUAAAAUAUUAGAAUGUUUAGAGAUAAAAUAGAGAUAAUAGAGAUAAAAGAAGAGGAGGGCUUCUAGCAAUGCUGUAAACAGUCUGAUAAGCGACUGUGGUUGUUCCCCUAAAGUUUACUUCAGCACUAACACUAGUGCUUCCGCUGGAGUUUGCAGUUUUCCAGCUUUAUACAAGAUUUUCCUUUGACUGGAAGAGUCAAGGAUAUAGAGACUCAACAGUGACAUUUAUUGUACAGCAUCAAGGGGAAUAAGAUACUCAUCAAACUGGGAUGAUUCUUAUCGAAACAUGGUCUUCUUUGAAUAAGAAAAAUACAUAGUUGGUUAUUAUGGACUUAAAACUGUGUUAAAUGGAUAUUCUGAUAAAAUAUUUGCUGAUCUGUAGAGUGUGGAAAAUCUGAGAAUAUUAGCUUUACUCAUCUUGAGCUUUGUUGAUGUUCUCUGUAUGCUGAUGAUUUCAUAUUAACUAAAACUGGAUAUUGUAAAAUCUCAUUUAUAAGAACUCAGAUGAGAAGAAAAUUUUCUUUGAUGGUGAGACUGUUGUCUUAGUUCAGGAAAUUAUUUAAUAAUGCUUUGUUACCUGUGAAUGAAGGAACUUUGUAAUUCUGAUUUCUCCUAAAACAUGAGCCUUUCCAGAGUCAGCUUAGACACUGUUGUCGCAAAUAGCCAUGCUUUGCCUUAUGCCAAGGAGGCCCAGAGGGAGGGCGUAGUCUUCCUCUGUUGCUGUGCAUAUAUUGAAAUGCUUUUUUUUUUUUUUUUUUGCAUUUGUUAUCUAUAAUGAGCUUUCUGAGCCCUGAUGAUAUGUGAGACAAACAGGAGUUAUUGAUGUUAUACACUCCCUUCCAUUCAGGAUUUUCUGCUUGGAGGGAAAUAUGUUGACCUUAGAGAAUUGUGAAUAUUGUUGCAAUUCUUGAAUAUAUUACCAUGUGAAUAAUAGAGACUGUGUUGCUCUCUAGUGUAAGCUAUAUUUAUUUUUGAUUCAUUUGAAUUACUAGUUAUAACUGGAGAAGUUUUGUUACCUCUACCCUGGCCUGCCUGACUGGCAGUAUAAUAGCAGCAGCCUCUUUUAGAGCAUCUUAAUGAAAACAUGGAUGAAAGGAAUUAAUGAUGAUAUCUGCAGACUGCAUAGAAAAUGGCUUUUGUUCCCAGCGUUAACAUUUUCUUCUCAAUCACAUUUCAAUGUUUGCGGAGAGUGGCAGAUUCACACCAGAAACACUAGGUGUUCAUAUCCAUAGCAUGGAUGCAGAAUAAGCAGUUGGGAGAGAAGCUUCCUCCUACCUGGUACUCCUCCCAUUCACCUCAGCCCAGCCCCAGACAGGCGUUAGCGUUCAGUGUGGGCCCUCGAGCAGCCCUGAAGCCUGGCUGGGUCACCAGACGGGGGCAGCCUGUGAUGGGCACCAGCGGCCUGAUUCCGGGGAAGAGUUCCUGGACGGUGUUGGCUGUUUUUGUUAGCUCAGUUUUUUUCUGGGCUCCACCAUUCCUAACUCCAGGUAGACAAGAUAGAUGUCACACACAACAAUUUUAAAGUAUUUUGCUUAGUGCAUUUUGUUUAUGAUUGCAGUGUUUGUUUCUUAUUUAACAGGCUUUUUACUUCAUUCUAUUAAAUUUUAGUGUUUAGAAGAGGCGGGUACUGUCACUGUGUAAAAUAUGUAAUAUUCUAUAUGUUAUACCAUGUCAUAUACACUUGCAAUAUCAGACCUUGCAUUCAGUAUACAAUGCAAUUGACUCUUUGCAGACCUGCAUUUUUCAGUGAACAAUAAAAAGAUUGUCUGGCACUCCUCA